CGAUGGGGUAGGUUAAUGGGCCCCACUCUAUUCUCCGGUCCAAAUAAUUUCCAGCUGCGCGAAGAUCGCAACAGCCAAAGCCCUCAGCAACGCAUACAAUGGAGUUCCCCGCCGCCGAAACGAAGGUGCAGAUUCGCCUCAGCACUCGCGAUCCCGGGCUUCAGAUCGCCGACGAGCCAACGGUGCUGCUGGUACAGACCUCGCUGAGCAGACACCAGCUGUCCACCCUCGUGAACGACCUGCUGCACCGCGAGACACGCAUCCCAUUCGAUAUUCUCAUCAAUGGCCAGUUUCUGCGCACGUCGAUUGAGGAAUUUCUCACCAAGAAUGGAAUCAACGCCGAAAGCACAUUAGAUGUAGAGUACACGCGAGCACUGGUUCCCCCGCUGAACGUCACGAGCUUCGAACACGACGACUGGGUCUCGGCCGUGGAUGUGCUCUCGCAAUCCUCGUUGGCAGGAAUAUGGUCAGGUGGAAACGUGCAGGGCGGACAGGAGAGGAUCCUCAGCGCGAGUUACGACGGCUUGGUGCGCGUGUGGAACACUUCGGGCGACGUUCUGGCGACAUCAGAGGCACCGAACAACGGCGGCCGCAUCACGAGUUUGAAGACGGCGAAGUGGAUUUCAGACACGAAGUUUGUGGCCGCGGGCCUGGACAACACAGUACGGGUCUACAAGUAUGACGACGACUUGCGCACCAUCACAACGAGCCUCGAGCUCUUCAAUCACCGAUGGGCCGUCGAGGACGUCGCCGUCCAUGGCCCCUCGAACCGCAUCCUGUCCGCCUCCUCCGACUCGACCAUCUCCCUCUUCUCCAGCAACGCCAAAGAGAACCCCGCGGCGCCCUCGAAUCUCCUCCCCAACUCCACAGCCGCCUCCAACAAGCGCCAAAAGCUCUCGAAGCCCGACCGCACAGUGCCCGCACGCGGCGCCCUCGCGACCUUCACGGGCCACGCGGCGCCCGUCUCCAGCGUCGUGUUCAAGCCCGACGACGCCACGGUCGCCUACUCGGCGUCCCACGACCACACGCUCAAGACGUGGGACUUCCCCACGCAGUCGUGUGUUGACACUCGCACGACUAGCCACGCGCUGCUCUCGCUCUGCGCCAUGCCCACGCGCAAUCUCCUCGCAACGGGCACGAGUGCGCGCCACAUCACGCUCGUCGAUCCGCGCGUGAGCGCCACACAGAUCAGCGUCAUGACGCUGCGCGGCCACAAGAACGGCAUCGUGUCGCUCGCCACCGACCCAGGGUCCGAGUAUAGCCUCGUCUCGGGCUCGCACGACGGGACGUGUCAAAUCUGGGAUCUCAGGAACGUCACGACGAGCGGACAGGUGGGAGAGGGCAUGACGGGCGAGAGCGUCUACACCAUCAACCGGCAGGGCCUGAGCGGGCCGGCGAAGAGCCAUGGCGAGGGCGUCAAGGUGUUCAGCGUGUGCUGGGACAAGCAGGUGGGCAUUGUGAGUGCGGGCGAGGACAAGAAGGUGCAGAUCAACCGGGCGCUGGACUUGUAGGGCCCAUGGAGGAGCCCGGCACGGUAAAAGUUUGGCGGGCGUUCGGGCGUGCGAUGGGUAGAUACCACGAUGAAUCGAUCUAAACGGCCUACCAUCUACUCGUCUGCUUUUUGAACGCCGCUCCAUGCCCGGAAAACGAAUGGGUAUCAUGCCUGUACUUGCUCUGCUUGCACGCCUCCCCCUCCCAUACGCACCACUCAUACCAAGUGCCCCGGCAGCAGGAAAUUCGCAACCCCCUCUUUCACCGCGUACUCGUGCCCGCAGCACCCGCACACCAGCGCGCCCUCUUGUAUACACGUCUCCAGCAGCACGCGGUGGAGGUCCCGCGCCGUCUGACUCGGCUGCGCGUCUACCGGCUGUGCGCCUUCGGGUGUGUCCUGGACGCCGCCUUCGACGAGGUCGUUCGGCGUCGGCGCGGUGGGCGGCAGG